AACAUUGUGUGUCAGUCGACGAUACCGGAUCCGGCCGCGACGCCGACGCCUGGCCCGCGCGUCGCCGAUUUUCCCCGACGACGAUGUCGCGCGACGCGGCGCGAAUUCGCGAACCGUACCGCGACGUUAAUUGUCGUCCGUCCCAGUUUCGCCUUAUUAACCUUCCGCCUCCCCCUCCCCAUGCCCCUCUCCCUUCCAUCCUCGUGUCGCGCAAUUUGCAACCGGUGUGCCCGGCAGUUUUUCAAGUCGCACGUGCGACCGAGCACGCGCGAGCUGAUUUCGCGAAACCGAGGAAGUUCAAGACUUCGCGGGAGAAGUCUUCAUUCUCAUCUGCCAUACUUUCAGCGCGAUUCUUUCCUAGAGUGAUGCCUUCGUAGAACGCGGAGAAUAUUGCAUAUCGCGAAUUAUUUAUCGAUGGAGAGAGAGCUACCGGGUGUGAUCUACGAAUACAUUUGGAUGAUGAAAACUUUUAUGUGCCUAGUCGAGACGCGAGUGUUGUUUUGUGGGACAAGUUGUACCGUACUGGAUUAACUGUUGGUGAACUUGUCCGCGGACGUUAUUGGCGAAGAGCAUAAGUCAAACAAGCCGAGGGAGAGAGUGCGUUUAUUCUUGGAGGAGCGCCCGCCGCAUGGGUGAGGAUAUGUUCCCGAGGGAUAAUCGCCGAUCGCGCGAGUCUUCGAAGACCGCGCAAAAGAGACCACGCGGACGCGCCUUUCGGCCCUAAAAGCCUCUCAACGCUUUUUUAAGAUCGCAGCCGAGCGGCUCAGCGAGAAUUCGGCGAAUUUUCGCCGCGUUGCGGCGCGAGGCGAGCAUCGCCAGACUAAACCUGGACGUUCCCGAGGAAGCUCCGCGGCGAAUCGAUCGCGAGUGGAUUGCCCGGCUUGUCCUUGGAUUCGGCAAUAUUUCGCAAAGGUCUGUCGCUAGCGAGUCGAUUAGGAGGACGAAUGGCAUGUCGUCGCAUGAAACGCGUGUUGGGGAAUUGUCGCCGAUGACGGAGUAACGCGUCGCAUAGAAGCCAAGUUUCUCGUCAACUUCAAAGCUACGAAUUCAAUAUGGACUGGCUUUCCCUCUGCGUCUGUGGCACAAAGAGCAAGCUCGAUGACCAGAAGAAGGUCAAGAAAGACGGGAAUCGCAAGCGCGAGAGCAAUAAAAAGGGGAAGAAAUGGAAGAAGCUUUCCAAACGUAAAGGACAACAACAACAAACAGAACAACCGCCGUCGUCGCUCUCCAUCGAUGAGUCUUCGCACAAAUUGCAGGACGAGCAGCAGCAGCAGCAUCAGUUUGAAAAGAAGAUUGUAGAGAAGAUUUUAGUGAACGGAGGAGCCGUUAAUUGCUCGGACCUCGCGAAAAGUCACAUCGAUGCGAAUCUUCGAGAGGAUACGACAAAGAUUGACGAUUCGCCGAGUGACAUUUGGCGAAUCGACUAUCGCGAGGAUCUUGAGGAGGACUCGCUCCACGAGGACUUGGCAACGAGCACAGGCGAGCCCGGGCUGACGGAGACACGUAGUAUCGAUUACGACAACGACGCGGUGCUGCAUUCGAGAUGUGCAUCGAUGUGCACGGCCGACCAGGACGAGAAGCGGGUCAAGUGCGCUCCGGACGAGAAAGGACGCGACGAGGAGGUGGAGGAGGAGGAAGAGGAAGCGGAGGAGGACGCGGACGAGUCCGCCGCGAGAUCGGCGAUCUGCGGCGAGUUUGAGGAUUCGUCCUGGACAUCAGAGGUCGAGGACAAGUCGGAAGCGACCGGCCAGAGCUUCAGCAGGAAGCACGCGGAGAGAACUUCGUCGAGGAUCAAUUUUUCCAAAGAGAAGCAAAAGAGGUCCAAGAAGACGAGAGCAAAGGAGUUCGAGAAGGUUUUGCCGCCGAUCAAAAAAAAGUCCUACGCUGAGUCGCGCAACUCGUGCAUAGAUAAGAAGAUCGGAGGAUCCGGUAAAUCCGAGGAGACGAGUAAAUCCGGCUCCGAGGAAGCCGCGGCGCUGUUUCGUGAGCGGAGCGAUAUUCAGCGGAAAUUGAACGCGUGCAGUUUCGAGGUCCGAUCUCUGAUGGAUGAGGAGCGAAUUGGGAAAGGAAGGACUCGGCUCGAGGGAUCCUUGAUACCCAGACUCGCGUCUCCCUUGCGCCAAGGGGCGAAUUUUAUCAAGAGCGACAGCGACAAGUCGGAAAUUGCGCAGAACGGCCGCGUUCACUCGGCAGUCGUCUCCGGUGUCAAUUUAGAGCAGCGCACCGUAACAGUAGAAUGGUUCGAGAGGGGAGAAACCAAAGGCAAAGAGGUGGAGAUCGACGCGAUUCUCGCCCUGAAUCGCGAUCUGAGUCAGAAGAUGAUGGGGCCGCCAUCGCAGAUGAACAACCACAUGUUGGCGUCUUCGAAAGCGAGGGAGCGCGACUCCUCGGCUGAGGAGGACGAGGGGGUUGACGAGUCGGAGAACCAAGAGGAGGGCUCCCUCGGACGCCAUGGCGGUCACACCGCAAGAAACGGCCUCGCAUCCGCAACGCUUCCUGUACGAGUCACAUCUCGUCUCUCGCACUCCACCAGGCCGUCUAUUCCGGUGAAAGCGAGCUCGAAUAGGCAAUUGUCACGGCCGGUGGGCCGCCCGACAAACAUUAUGGCACCGGCCACCUCUGUGAACGGUCACGGUGAGUCGAAUUCUGGAUUGACAGGACGUCGGGAACUCGAGAAUAUACCGCCUACGCCGACGACAGCGGUCACGCAAUACAACCUGGCGACCCCGCUGCAGAACAAGCAGAAGCAGACGACGCAGCAGCAGCAGCAGCAGCAGCAACAACAGUUGCAGCUGCAGCAGCAACAGCAACAACAACAGUUGCAGCAACAACAGCAGCAGCAAGCCCAGGUUGAGAAUGGCCGAAGUAGGCGAUCCAACGUCGUCAAAGAAGUCGAGAGACUGAAAAAGAACAGGGAAGAAAGGAGACAACGACAAGCGGAAUUAAAGGAGGAGAAGGAGGCUCUGAUGAAUUUGGAUCCGGGCAACCCGAAUUGGGAAUUCCUCGCUAUGAUAAGAGAGUACCAGCAUAGCAUAGAAUUCAGGCCGUUGCGGGAAACCGAUGCUGUGGAAGAUCACCAGAUCACCGUGUGCGUUCGCAAACGUCCGCUAAACAAGAAGGAGCACGCACGCAAGGAGAUCGACGUGAUCAGCGUGCCCAGCAAGGAUCAGAUGGUGGUGCACGAGCCGAAAGCGAAGGUCGAUCUCACCAAGUAUCUCGAGAACCAAAUCUUCAGAUUCGACUACGCAUUCGACGAGACGUGCAACAACGAGAUAGUGUACAAGUACACGGCGAAGCCGCUGGUGCAGACUAUCUUCGAGGGCGGUAUGGCCACGUGCUUCGCGUAUGGCCAGACCGGCAGCGGAAAGACUCAUACCAUGGGCGGCGACUUCAAUGGCAAGACGCAGGACUGCAAGAAGGGCAUUUACGCCAUGGUUGCCAAAGACGUGUUCAAGUGCCUGAAACUGGCCAAGUAUCGGCCCCUGAAUCUGGUCAUUUCCGCUAGCUUCUUUGAGAUUUACUCUGGCAAGGUGUUCGAUCUGCUCGCGGACAAGGAGAAGCUCAGAGUCCUUGAGGACGGCAAGCAGCAGGUGCAAAUAGUGGGUUUGACGGAGAAGGUAGUGGAGACUUGCGACGAGGUGUUGAAAUUGAUACAGCACGGCAACAGUGCCAGAACGAGCGGCCAGACGAGCGCCAAUUCCAACUCCUCCAGAUCGCACGCGGUAUUCCAAAUCAUAGCGCGUGUCCCAGGCACACACAAGGUGCAUGGCAAGUUCUCCCUCAUUGAUCUUGCUGGAAACGAGAGGGGUGCCGACACGUCCUCCGCUAACAGACAGACUCGAAUGGAAGGUGCUGAAAUCAAUAAGUCCUUAUUAGCAUUAAAAGAGUGUAUACGCGCGUUAAGUCGCAAAGGGACGCAUCUGCCUUUUAGGGCGAGCAAAUUAACGCAGGUAUUGAGGGACAGUUUCAUCGGCGAGAAGUCAAAAACGUGCAUGAUAGCGAUGAUUAGUCCCGGGAUGAGUUCUUGCGAGCAUUCUCUAAACACGUUGAGAUAUGCGGAUCGGGUGAAGGAAUUAGCGGCGACCGAUCCUACGGAAAUUAAAGCUUCGCCGACGGACGACGAGCGGGGCUUGAAGAUCGAGGAGCAAGUGAACAACAGCGUGCUAUCGGACAGCGAUUUGGCGCAACUUCGGUCUCUCAAUGAAGGUGAACUUUCACAAGAUCUCUACACCUUCCACGAGGCGGUGUCCGCUCUGCAGAUGCUCGAGGAGGAGGUGUUGGAUAGGCACAAACUCGUCAUGGACAGCACGACUAAAUUCCUCAACGAUGCACACAGUGUGUUCAGUGCGACUCACGAGGUGGAUUACGACCAAGAAGAUUUGAGGCGGAAAAGAACAAAGUUUGAGUCACCCUACCUGAGGAGUUUCUCGUUGCGUAGACGUCUUAUAGAGAGAAAGCUAUUUUCCGACGCGUAUGCCCAAAAGUGGGAGCAACUGCUAAUACAGCAGCGUGACACUUUGAACAACGCGCUCGACCAAGUGAGCCAGUUCCGCGGGCAGCUUUUGCAGGAGGAGCAAAUCAGCCAGAAGAUGACCCGAACGCGCAAUAUUACGCGGUACAAUUAGAGGAUGAUGCUUUUUAAGACGAGCACGCGAAGGAAAGGGAAGAGAAAACAGUAUAGAAAAGACACACGAAAAAAAAGUAUAACGAUUAUCUCUCUCACCGGUGAGAAGGCCGCUUCUUCAUACUUCUUCUUAUUAUGUAUCGACCGUUGAUCGCGAGAACGCGUGAGAGAAGCAGACGCAUACACAACACACUAGUAGUGCGCCAUAUGCGACAGUCAUACAUUAUAUAUAUACACAUAUAUAUAUAUAUAUAUAUAUAUAUAUAUAUAUAUAUAUAUAUAUAAAAGAAAGAGAGAGAGCACGGAAUCUCUUGCCUUCUUCGAAAUUGCUACGAGACUAUAUCGUCAUCGACGAGAGAUACGCUCUUUCUUGAAAGAGAAAGAGGAAAAACAAACGAGAACGGAAAGAGCUCGCCUCUCGCGCAACUCACCCUUAGCGCGAUUCUGUACUAUAUAUAACGAUUUUACGUAAUGAAAUGGAAUAAGAUGAGAGAGAAAGAGAGAUCGGAUUUUCGCGAGGAGGUAUAAUACAGAAACUGGCGUAUCUCUUGCGAAUUUGUAAUUAUCUCACCGUUAUCUCUCACGACGCGAAUAAGCCGAAAUGGCCGGGCAUAACAAAAUAAUAAAUUCGGGCAUCCACCAGAGUGAAAUCAAGUGUGAAGUCAAACGUAUUGGAGUUUUUUCAUAUUUUUUUUUUAGUUUUCAAAACCGUAAAAAAUUUUAAGUACAUAGGUACGUCCGUGAAGAUACAGCACACACAUAACACGUACACACGCACACACACGCGAGCGCGCAUUUUAUUUAAUUAGCAACAAAGUCUCAGAGUAUUUUACAUGUUUCAUUACGGUUUUGUUACGGUUACAUGUUUCUCAAGCGACUUCUCGCGCGUUUUACCACUCAUCUCGGGCCGCGUUCCGAGACAACCGCGGAAAUUUUAAAGCGUCAAACACACAAUGCGUCGAUACGUAAUCCCGUGUGUACCAUUUGUUCGUCUUCGAGAUGUAGACUAUCACCAUCACAGAUGAUGAUGCGUCAAGCUAAGAAAUCAGAUUAACAUUCGUUUUUUUAGGCUAUAUAGACCGCUAGAUGUAUUAUUACGAGGGACCCAGUGUGUACGAUUGGAUGAGAGAAACAGAAAAAAGCCUUAGUAGCCGAUUUACCAGGAGACAUAUAUAUGUAUAUGUACAUAUAUAUGUGUAUAUAUAUAUAUAUAUAUAUAUAUAUAUAUAUAUAUAUAUGUAUGUAUGUAUGUAUGUAUGUAUAGAUAUCACGGCGAUACUUUGUACACUCAUACACACGGACACAUGUUCAUCGCGAGACAUAAAUGCAUACCAUACAUACACACAUAUACAUGCGCGUAGUGAUCGACAUUCGUAAACCAAAUAACGACUGAUUUCGAGGAAAAAAAUGUAACUUUUAGCUCGUAAGAACGAAACUGCACUGCGGCGUUAAUCCAGUCUCGAUGUUUAAGUUUCUUAGUAUUAAUAUCAUCGACGGCAUCAAACGGUCCAAUUUUCUCUCUUGCGUUAUUACACAAUAUUGAGAUUAAAAUCUUCAUUUGGUUUGUCAACGAAUACUCCUGUGUUUUCUUCCUCACUCUGUCUGAAUCACCGAGUAAUACGUACACUAAGUGGUUUUUUAACGUAAGCGGACACGUCCAACGAUAUACGUCGACUUUCGUGAUGAUUAGCAGCUAACUGGGGUAAAGAGUUUCCGAUCUUUUGACGCUCUAUGGACGUCGCUUUUCUUUUGAUAAACGAGAUCGCGGGAACUCUACUACGUAAGAUAAGAAUUAAUGAAUCUCCACCCUUAUCUUGUGUGUGACCUUCGCGUUCUGUAAAGUAUAUAUUACGGCGCGAUCGACGGAGAGCUAUCCAAAGUUCGUAUAAAGAAGACUAUCUCGGUGGAAAAAUCGUGGAACUCCUUCGACAGAUUGUAGGAAGUCGAAUUAGCGCGACGGAACGUAUCCUAAUUAAAAGAUAGACUUGUCGCGACACCUUAUUAUAUCUCGGUAUUUGUUAUAAUUUGAUAUAAGUAUUUAUCAUACCUUGUAAUUCGAGCAGGUCAAAGGCUAGUUCGCCUUGCCACGAUUCGUCGAAGGACGGUGCGUUGUAUCUCGCUGAAAAGACGUGUCGCUGUGUUGAUUGUGUGUGGAAAUCUGUCACAUCGAGAUCGCGCUAGAUCAUAGAGAAUUAAGAGGAGCAACGAUGAACGCGGUCACAUCGCGCGUCCCUCUUCAAUACAUUUCGUUCCAAACGUAAAUCCAUUCCUGGGCACCGCAAGAUCCUCGUGCGCGAGCUCGCGAAUUUAGCAAUCAUUAACGCGCGUACGCUCGAUUUUGUAAACGUAUAGUAUCGUGUUCUAAUUACACUAAUCUCACAAACUGAGAGUUACUCGAUCUAUGAAACUUAGAGAUAAACUAGCGGAAUAACGAGAAUAACGAAGAGAGAGUUAGGAAUAAUGGAGUAUUGACAUUUCUGUUGUGUGACGAGAGAGAGGUGUGUACGAUUUUUAUAUAAAUAUAUAAAAUAUAUAAAAUACUCAUAGAGAAAGAGAGAGAGAGAAAGAGAGCGAGAGAGAAAGAGAGAGAUGUUGUAAAGAGACAUUGUUUAAAGAAAUUACUGUUAAAUCAAAAAAAGUAAACUUAUAGUUACACCUGUCGCCCGGCGCAUUUUAAUUUAAUUUAAUGUAUUUAUCGAGUAUUUAUUAUAACCCGAGGCUGCGCGAUUGUACUACACUUAUACCGCUUCGCAUGUCGGAAACAGUCGACGUUUUUCCGUUACAUAUCCGACGACGCAACGUUUCCCGAUACCCGCUAAGAAGUGUGUGUGUGUCUCGCUGUUAUUAUUAACGAACACUUCGGACGUUCUCGUUCUAGCAGCGACUUUUUCGGCGACUGUUGCUAUAGCUCAGGCGUCUCAGUAGUUCCGACUCAACGAAACUUUACUAUUGGCGGAGCUUUUUUUUAGAUCACGCGAGAAGGAAAAGAGAAGAAAAAAAACGUUUCACCGUCUCGAAUAAUAGUAUUUUUUAAUAAGUAUAGUAGGGUAAUAGAUGAAGCUUAACGAUCGAAAGAUGUUAAUAUACUUCUUAUUUUUUUAUAAUCGAAUAAUUUAUGCGGAAAGAGAGGCGAAUCAAACGACGCGUCCCCCUCACCCCCACCCUCCCCCGCCGUCCUUCCUCUGUAUGUCGUACUUAGUGGUCGACCUCUGGAACUACUCUAAUUCGAUGUGCACAGAAAGAUUUUCGAUACUUACGAGAGAUUUCACGUUGUUGCUUUAUGAAUGAAAUAAAUCAAAUUGAGAAAAAGAAAA